AUGACUGACGAUGAAAUUGUGACGCACGAAUGGGCUGUUCAUAAUCGUGGAAGUCUUUUGAAAACUAGACAUUUUUCAUCAACUUCCAAAAAUCGCUCCGUUGCUGAAGAAUUUGCAGAUGCAGUAAUUGAAACUCCGGAUAAUAUGCGAAAAAAUCGUGUUCUUUUCAUAUUCAAUUUUCCCAUACAAUGCGAUCAAGCAAUAAAUUUAAGUCAAAUAUCUGACACACAACCGUGUCUAUCAGAAUUCGAUUUUCUCAAUUACUGA